CCAGUUCUCUUCUGUCUAUCCUUCUGGGGCUUUGUGUUCCGGAAAGAGGCCAUAAAAUACUCCUUGUUUUGUGUGACAGAAAAACAAACUGGAACAACACAGACACUUCCACAGAGAUUUUGCUUAUGCUCGUUCAGCAUUUGCUGUGUUGAGAACCCCUUCCGAGUCAGUUUCAAUGACAGGAACUAAAACAAGGAUGUGUAUAGAGGAUGGCUAUUUUCUGGAAUGAGGACAAAUGAUAAAGAAAAAGCGUGUUUAUCCACCCUUACAAAUGCUGGCAGAUCUCAUUCCUCUUUUUUUUUUUUUUCUCCUUACUUUAUGUUCAGAUAUUUGAAAAAUGCUUUGCGUAAUCCCCAAAGUAAUUUAUUCUGUUUGGGGUUUUUGUCCUCUCCUAUUCGACAGACAUUGAAAGAGGUGCUUUUUUUCCCGAUCUGAGUUUCACUUAAAAAGUUGUCUGUGGUGACUGUCAUUGGUAGUGUCAGCUCUGCUGCGUUAUGAGAAACAUGGAGUGAGCUGCUGCAGCUCCUAGUGCAGGAAUCAUGAGUGUGUGCUUGCGCUCCCUCUGCUGGCCCAGGGACUCGAGAAAGCAGGACCCAAAUAACAGUAUUGAACCAGGAGUGCAGCUGGCUUUGGUUUGUUGACUGAAGCGGUAAGAGAAGACAUCUGAAAAACAACGCAGUACUUCAAAUAUCUGCAUAUGUAGGUCACUUCUGCAGCCUCUUGAGUGCUCUGAAGUGUCCUUGUACAUGUGGUGAGUCACCGGACUGGGACAACAUUGCAUACUGUGGCCUGUCCCACAUUUGGACCAAUCCUGCUUUCAGGCAUUGAAUUUUGGAGGCAGCUGUUGUCAAGAAGGCAUUUUUUUACAAGAUGAAGUUUGUGUGGGAGUUAACUGGUUCGUUGGCCCAGAUGCCUGAGAAUUUCAAUUGUCAGUCAUUACGGGCACAAAAUACAGGUAGAUACAAGACCAGUGUAGCUGAUGAAAGCUGGUUGCACCAACUCUUGCUCCAUUUAAGUUUGUACAUUGAUAGCAGCUGUUCUAACAGACAUGCCUGCGAGGUUUAGCAAAUCUAAUUUUUAUUUAAGUAUUCCAGCCAUUACAGCAGUUUACUACUGAAUAAGAGAAACCCUUAGUCCUAUGCUGAGACUGGAGUUGUCACUCCAAAAAGAAGCAGCUGUGUGGGGGACAGUUAGGCAAAGGGAAAUGUAUCUUGAAUUGAAGAAUGAACUUCAGAAAUCUGUGAGAUUUUUCUGCUUUGAUUUUAUCACUUCUUUAUGUGGUCUGGAUGACAGUGAAACUGGGGGAAAACAGUCUUGGAAAGCAAAAAUUGUAUAAUUAACUGUUAUUUCUAGUACCACCAACAUCAGUUUGAUGUCUGGACUUAUAUGGGCACUGCUCAUGGUCGCAGCGCCAAAGAACAGAAUGUUCUCAUUAAAAAAUGCAUUUGCCAUCAUCACAUCUGAGAUGAGUGUGAUCUGGGCCAUUUUUUACAGCCUUGAAAAGCAAGGAGGUUGAAAUUGUGAAAAGAGUAGGGGAGUUAAGGGAGUGUUUGCAGCUCUUCCAGGGAAGUAUGUCUCGGAGGCCAUGUGCUGGCUAUACCAACCUUACUGAUCUUACUGGUUUUACUCUUGAAAAAUGUUUCUAAUAGCAGUAUUACUUGGAGUUUGACUGGCAGUACAUGUGAAGAUACCAGUCCUCAAAACUCAUUGCUUUUGUACAUUACCAGCUUUCAAAUAGAGAUGCCCUCCAUAUCCUGUGCAAAGACGUUACGUGUCAGAGAUUACCCACAGAAAUCGUACUUGCAGGACGCUGUAGACAGCGCUCUUUUUGUUUUUCAGAUGAUGCUCUUUGCCAUCACUCACAGAUGGAGUGCUUUGCAAAGCAGAUCUACUCACCCUCUGGGUAGGUGGGUAUGGCACGGGAAGGGGAGCUUGGUCUGACUCCUCUCUCUUCUUGUAGAUCUGGCUAUUGUUUUUGUUGUUUGACUGCCACACCUGAGUCCAUUUUCAUGUUCCCUCUGAGAACAAUUUGUACAUCACAGCACUUGCUGUUUUAAGUUUACCCAGGGCAGUGGAAGGAAGGAAGGAGUACAAAGCAUAGCGGAUGGCGUGGCAGUGGUUACAUCCUCUUGCCCUUUCCCUCUUUAGUCAGUCGAGAUGCUCCUGAUGCUGAGAGCAUGUUCUCCUAACCUGGCCACUGGCACUAGAAUAAUUCUUUGUCUAGCAUAAAGCAUUGCUGUUUUUGUGUACAAAACUCCUUUGGCUUUGAACGGUAGGGAUGUGUGUAAACCUCUUCCUCUGUCAUUUUGUUUCUGGGGACUCAAUGACCAAAUACCACAAAUCGUGGCGAACAGACAAAAUUGUUGCUUUCUUGGACACAAACCACCAGCUGUUGCUCCUGGUUGCUUCUGAGGAAGUUCUGUUACUUGGUUUAUGGAUAUAUUACUUAAAAAAAAAAAAAAAAAUCUGACCAGAAACUGAAAGACACUAAGAAAGAAAAUCCAGGAAACACUCCCGUGUAUUUGUAUCACUUUGCCCAGACUGAGGUGCAGGAUAGGAAGCGUCUGCCGACUGGUAGUGCCUAAACAAAUUGUGGGAGUGCUGUUCCUCGUGUGGAGUUUCCAGGCUGAUUUUGGUAUAUAUAGUCUCUCCAUUCUUACAUGUGACUAUCUCAGUUCUCAGGUUUCUGGCACAGCUCAAAUUCAUCCUAUCCCUCAGCCCCUGUGAAAAGGAACAUGGCUGAACGAAAGAGGAAGCCCAAGUUUUCCAAGGAAGAACUGGACAUUCUGGUCACUGAGGUGACCCGAAAUGAAGCCAUGCUGUUUGGGAGGCAGACAGUGCGUCUGUCUCAUGCUGACAGGGACAAGAUCUGGGAAGACAUAGCCAGACAGAUCACAUCAGUCAGCCAGGUCCCCAGAUCUGUUAAAGACAUUAAACACAGAUGGGACGACAUGAAGAGAAGGACCAAGGACAAGCUGGCAUUCAUGCAGAGAUCCCUUUCUAGCCCCAGCAGCAAGGGGCGGCCCUCAGCCAUCGUCCUGACCGCCCAUGAGAGAGCUAUCGAGUCAACGCUGCAUUCAUCACACCAUGUGCACAGCUUCCGGAGAGCAGAUCUGGAUGUGGUUGACAGCCUGUCAACAAGCUCUGACGAAGAUGAGGAGACACCAGGAACUUCUCAGGAACGCCAUUCUUCAUCGCUGCAGAGGGCCAGUGUAGAAAUCAGCCAUGUCUCUGGGCCCUCCUUCCUCCACACCUCUUCCUCGUCGGAGCACUCAGAAGCUAUCAACCAAAGGCAGGAACUGCACCAUCCUUCACCACGCACCUCCUCGUCCUGCAAAUCCCCACAUCCCCGGACAAGGAGCCCGCCUCUCUCCAGCUUUGAUCGCCAGCUUCUUCAUUCCCACCUGCAACAAACAGACCUGUUCAGGCAGUUCUGCCAGGAGCUGGUGGCUAUUCACAGGGACAUGGCAGAAAGCAUGCAUGUCAUUGGUCAGAAGAUGACCGACCUCACCAGUCAGGUUGGCCAAAUGUGCCAGACCCUUUCGGAAAUCCGUGAUGGGGUCCAGAGUUUUCAUAGGACACAGAGCCCUAGUGUCACAUGGGAGCCUCUUCUGCAAGCAGCUUGCUCAAAACCACCCCCUGAGCCCAGUGCAGAGUCUAACCAACUGCCUCCAAAACAGACAGCUCCUGCAUGGACUACCAGAUCACGAAAGAGAAAACACCAUAUUUAGUCUGCUUCAUAUAAAGUAAAGAAGGUUGCCCUAUCCAGAGCUGCUGCAUGCUCACAUGGCCUCUCCAUGUAUACUAGAACUAUAUGGGGAAGGUUAACAGCCAGCCCCAGCCCAUCUGUCCCUCUGCUAAUGUCUAACAAAGCACUGUGAAUUACAACAGCUGAAUUGUAUGGCUGUCCCUCUGCACUGACAAAGAGGAAUCUCAGAUCUUACAGAGUUUGGGAUGUAGGGCAUCUUCCUAUUCAUAGAAACUUAGAAGAUUUAUCUAUUUUCCCUGUGCUUUAUAUGCUUUGUAAGCUAGGAGAUGCAGUAGGAAUCAUUAUCUUGAUCUCUUUUUGUGCCUGCAAAGCAUUAUUUACUGAGACUAUGUCCUAGAGAACUCCCUUUGCUAUCAACUCACAGAUUGACCCUACUACUGCCUUCCCAUCAUCUUCCUGCAAAUUAUCAUAUGCACAGUGCGGAGUCUUAACUAAUAGAUGCAUCCUUUGCAGCUCUAAAGUUUUCUUGCUCAUUAUUUUUAUCUUGUGCUCAGCAAUAAUGGGCAAUUCAGGGCUUACUGUGACUGUUAGGUAUAGGUUUGGGAAAAGGUAUGUAAAAGUAGAGCAUAUGCAGAGUGGUAAGGAAGCAAGCACAAUGCUGCGAGAUCUUUCUGCCGUCAGAAUGACAGGAGAUCCGAGCUCUGUGUGGCAUUAGACUGCUGAGAAGGGCUGAUCUGGUAUGUGCCUGCAUGCUGUAGUACCACAUGCAUUUAAGUAAAAGAGUUUAAUCUUUUUCUCCUCCAGUCUAUGUGAAAUUUCCAUCUGCCUUUCACAACUGAAGUUAAAAUACAAUUAUUUCGUAGCGUGAUGGUUCUUAAACACAAUUAUAUCAUAUUAUUUUCUUUUGUGUUGUAAUCUUCAGUUUUGAACCACCUCUCCUUUUAAAAAAUCUAAGAGACUGCAUAGAAAUAAGGGAAGAGACAGGGCUUCUGCCCUCAAGAACAGUUUGUUUGUGUCACUGUAACUCUGCUUCAGUACAGUUGAUUCAGACUUGCUCAGUUUUACUUGGGAUGGAAUCUGUGCUGUGGUCUCCUAUUGUGAAAAGUUUACAUCUAAAUUCCAAGCUAUAUAGUUUAAGGUCUUGAACAUGUUGGCUUUGUACUGCUUCCUACCCCCGUACAUAUGCUAGAAAGAACUGUUGAAACAUCUUAGUUGCUUUAGUGCUGCAUGAUGUUUCCAUGUACAAUCCCAAUUCUAGAAGUAGGCUUUAAUAAUGUUGCCUCAGGUGGAGAUAAUGUAUUUGGCAGCUCUUUUUACAGCAUGACUGUUCUCUGCUUGAUUUGCACAUCUACACCUACUGUGCUGCCCCAUGUCUGAAUAUAUCUGGGCCAUUAUCAUGUCAUUCCCCAGUGGGGGAGAAGAGUCAAGGUGGUACCUACAUGCAAUUAGCACACCACUCUGGGCUGUCCCACUGUGGGUACAGAUGGGUUGCAGAAAACUGUUCAAGUCAAUGUGACUGCCCAUCGUUGUUCCACGUGUGAGCUAUAGGCUUGACCAAAAAGCUGUAUACAUUUCAACAGGAACUGAACAUAGGCAGCACAGAGUAGCAAAAGGAUGUCAUAUGUGUUCUUGGAGAAUCUUCUUCAUCAGUCUGUUCGGCCUGUCCUUUGAAAGUAUAGUGCACUAGCUUCUCUGAUGACUGUGUGUCUCCUGUGUCAGACAUUCCUGAUGUGCUUUUCCUUUUUUUUUUUUCUUUUUAGUUGUUUUGUAGUUCUAAGUCAAGUAAUUUAUUUUUAAUGGUGUGGUAAAAGGCCCUUGUUCAAGGAAGUAGAGCUCUAGCAAAGAAAAAACCCUCCUUUCUUCUCAAGAAUGGCCCACUUUGGUUUCAUACAGAGGAAGCUCCUUGUAGUGCUGGUGCCAGAGCAGGACACUUACCUUCCUGUGAGGACAUCCUUUUACUUUCCUUGUACUGUUUGUAUUCUGCAAACAUGGUCUCUUGAAGGCAAUGUUGGGGAAAAUGCUAGAAGUGGAUCUAAUAAUAUGAAUCACAGAGAACUGAAAAAUGGUGAUAUGUUUUAAAGGCUUUCUGAGUCAUUACAAUGCUGCUGCUAUAUAUCAGAAAUAAUAUUUUAUAUUUUUAUAUUUGGUCCCUUCUGAUGUUCUCCCAUGAAUAUACUUGAUACGAUUAGCUCCUUUGAUGUUUUCUGAGGGGGGAGAAGUUCCUUCCGUGCAGGAACCCUCAGGUCAGGAGAGAAGGAGGCUCCCUGCAGUGCUGAGCACUUGGGAGAGUUAGAAGUGCUGUUGGCAUCAUCACUGCCAUCAGUUUGCCUGUGCAAAUGGCUUUAGAGAGAGAACUUGUUGUCUUGGCACAGGAACUAUGGUUGUCAGUACAGCCCCCAGAGGGGGGAUUGUAGAUUGUUCUCCCCUAGUUUCCUCUAUGGACUGUUACAAAUAGGCCCAGAUCUGGGGAUUUCUUGCCUGCCUUAUGUAGACCCCUCGGUGGAGUGGCUUUUCUGUACUGGCUUGCAAAGGAUACUUACACUUGCACACAGCAUGUUAACUGGCUGUUGAAGUAAGUGCUUAUGUCAAAGCAAAUCUUUCCUCAUGUCUUGUCCAUGCAAAAAAAAUUCUCAAAGUAUUUUUGUUAAGAUUACAAUAAACAUAUAACACUUUUAACACA